CACAGGAUGAGAGGGCUCCCGUCGCUGUGACAACGGGCGCUAAUGGAGACGGUGGACUGGGCGGAUGGAUGGUGAUGAUGCUCCUCCUCCGAGGUACUUAACACCAUGGCUUUGAUCUGGCCUGGCACUCACUCCUUCUGUCCUCUCCUGUCCUGUCUGCUCACUGCACAGCUGAGACUGGGAGAAAGAGGAGAAGAGAGAGAGAGAGAAGAGGAGGAGAAGAUGUCUACAGGCUGUGGCUGUGUGAGGUCGCCCCUGGAGACAGCUGAACACAGACUGACGGGAGGACAUGAGCACCACUAUCAGAUAGUGGAGCCUGUGAGGACCCUGCUAGAGGAGGGGACAGGGAUGACCAGAGCUGUGCAGGGGAAACACUGUCCUGAGGCUGUGCACCCUGAGGAGCAGCCUGAUGAGCAGGAACUGAAGAAACCACGCAGGAAAGACACGCCAGUCCUCAGCACUCCUCCACUCAUACCAGGUUUGAGGUUGGUGAAAGGAGAGAAGAGAAUGAUUCACAUGGAGGAUGAUGAGAAGGAUGGAAAGAACUAGAAGUCAUUGGAAGAUAGUUUUUUGCCUACAGUUUUUUUGUUGACAUUGUUGUUUUCAGUUGUCAUAUCGUUAAUUGUUAAUAUGUAGCCUAUACCUGUUUAUUAAAAGUAGCUCUACAAUG